UAUUCCUCUUACUUUUCUGCAAUCAGGCUUGAUUGGAAGCCCUACUCUACUGAAGCUACUCAUUCUAAGAUCACCAGUGACCUGCUAGUCUCCAAAUUCUUCCCUUCCUUUUCACUGUAGUUCAAGUAGGUUAGAAAGUCACUGUUCUAGGAUGUUGCUGAUGGGCUUGCUGGUCAGGUAUGAGUUGGACUGAAUGGCCUUUGAAGGUCGAUGCGGUUUUGAGAUUUCCUGAUUCUUUAAAUGGUGAGCCAGCAGGAAGGCUCGUUAACACAUUCACAUAAGUAAAUAUUUCAAGAGCAACGAUCCACACUCCUUUGUAAAAUGAAUGGGUUGGAGUAUAUCAUAGAAUUAUGAAUUUAAAGCUGAAAGGGACCUUUGAGGUUGUCCAGUUUAAGCUUCUCAUUUCUGAUGAAUUAAUGGAGGUCUAGAGAGAUUAAGUGAUUUGCUAAAGGUUAUACAGGCAGUCCAUGGCAAAAGCAGCAACUCUGACUGCAGGUACAUUCUCUGUCCAUUGUACCAUACUAACAGCUUUGCCAGUCUGUCAGUUAUUUAAGCAUCUGUUAAGUACCAAGCCCUGUAUCUGGAGAGGAGCCAAAUAUAAGAAGAUGAAAAGUAAGAAGGGAACAGAUCGUGAAGGGCUUUAAAUGCCAAAUCAAGCAUUUUAUUUUUGAUCUUAGAGGUGAUGGAAAAAAUGGAGUUUUUUGAAGGAGGGUGUGGGUUGAAAAGGGUCAGGCUUGAGCUUCAAUAACUUUGGCAGCCAAGUAGAGGAUGUAUUGGAGUGAGGAGAGAUGAGAUACAUAGACCAGCCAGAAGGCCGUUACAAUAGUUCAGAUGAUGAGGGCCCACACUAGGUGGGAUGGUGGCAGUGGAAGUGGUGAGAAGGGGAUGUAUGUGAUUUAAAGGUAGAAAUGAGACUUAACAGCAGUUGGGAUAUCUGAGAUGAAUUCAAGUGAGAAAUAGAGAUGACCCUGAGGUUGCAAGUCUGAUUGACUGGGAGACUUGUACCUUCAGCAAUAAAUAGGGAAGUUGGAGGGGGUAGAAGUUGGGAGAGAUAAUGAGUCGUUUUGGACAUGUUCCAAAAGUCAGUUGAGGACACAAAAGUAGUGCUCAGAAGAGAAAUUAAAGUUGGAUAAAUCUAGUGGGAUAAUAUGGAAGGAAAAGAGAAGGCAGCCCAAGGCAGAGCCUUUUGGGAUAUCCAUGAGUAGUAGGCAUGGCAUGGAUGAAGAACCACCAAAAGAGUGAGAAAGAGUCUAAGAUGUUAUAAUUCUGGAAUCCAACUUAGAUAUACUUAAGGUCAGCCCCAUAGUAUUGGCAAGCUUCCUUAAAUGGCAAGAAUGGGCAGUACACAUGGGCAGAAGUGAGGUCCAAACUACAUUUCCCAGAAUGCUGAGAGUACUUGUUGCCUAACCAUUUUUUAAAAAAACCCUCCAGGAUUAAGGGCCCCAGGGGUUUUUUGCUCUGUGCCAUCUGGGAAAUGGAAUCUGGACAUGAAGUGCUUUGACCAGAAGGCUUCUGGGAAGGGUAGUUCAUCAGCUCUGCAGGUGUCAAGAGCCUUAGUUUGGCUACGUGGCAGUUGCUGGUGCCUUUGUUCUCUGGAGGCUCCUGGUUGGAGACAGUAGUUGGAGGAAAACGGAGCAUCCAGUGAACGACAAAGGAGUGACCAUGGAAGAUCUGGUGAACAUGUUUGAGAAGAAAGCUCUGCCUGAGAAGUAUGACCUUCUCCCCAAACAGAGCACAGAGGUGGAGGAAAUGACCUCUGGGCUCCUGGCAUCCAGAUCCCAGGAAUCACUGAUGUUCAAGGAUUCAUCUGUGAGCUUCACCGAAGAUGAAUGGGGGCAUUUUGAUUCUGCUCAGAAAGGUCUGUAUAGAGAUGUGAUGCUGGAGAACUACAGGAACCUGGCUUCAAUGGGACAUCCCGUUUCCAAGCCAGAUGUGAUUUCUCAGCUGAAGCACGGAAAAGACCCCUGGACCAAGAAAGAAAUUCCAAAAAGCCACCGCCUAGGUACAUCCUUGGCUAAGCACCAGCUUGUGUUACCCAGAGUUUUCUGCCUGAUGGUAUGCUGCUUCUCACGAGUUGCCAAAACUCAACUUAUUUGAAGCAUUCUGCUCAUCUCCAGUCCUUCUGAUCUCUCUGGCUUGGAGAAUCUCCUCUAAAAGCGUCAGGACCAUACUGCUUCUGGUAACUUUUGCUGAUGCCUUUGGCUAGGUUGUUUCCAUCCUGCCAUUCAUUAUCACCAUAUAUGAAAGACUCACACUAGGCUAUAUGGGCUCUACUUCGCUUCUCUGAACUGAUGGAGGGGAGCGUAGGAAAUAAGGGAGUACUUUGGUGUACUCUAUAGCAAGGGUCUUCAGAUCCCAAGGGAUAUGUAAUCAACUAGCUGUCCAUCCUUCCUGCAGUAGCCAAUAUUGGGGCUGAAUACAACCUACUCUUCAUGCCUUAUCUCUGAGCAAUUUUUCAUUCCACACUGUGUAAGCCCCUAACUUUUCCUCUGGUACGGGGGUAAGCCCAGGGUAGUUAUAAUCCAAACCCUACUUGUUACCUAUAACAACAUCUGAGCAGGUGUCAUUGGUAAAGGGCUACCCUAACCACCCUAUGUGUCCGUUCCCUAUCUUCCCAGACCAAUUUGAGGCUGCAGCACUAGACUUCUAAUUGGUUUCCCAUCUCAAGUCUUUCCCUACUCUAAUCUAUUCCUCAGACAACCACCAAAGUGAUUUUCCUAGAGCAGAUCUGACCAUAUUCCCCCCAAAUUCAAGAAACCUCAGUGGCUUCCUAUUCAUUCUAGGUUCAAAUGUAAAGUCCAAUGUUUGGCAUUUAAAGACCUUCCCAAUCUGGCCUCAACCUGCCUUUCUAGCCUUGUUAUACAUUUCUGUCCUUCAUGCGCUGUACAAUCCAACCAAAUUGUCCUUCUUCCUGUUCCUCAUCCUCAUACGAAAACAUCCAAAAUUUUCAAAUAUGAAUAGGAUAUUAAACAUCCAUUAAGCAGAACCAUGAAAAGAAAGAGGAAUACAUUUAUCUGCUGAGUUGAAUUCAGAGACAAUUCACUUUUGCUUACUGUUUUUCCAUUGUAUAUGAUGAUUGUCUUCAUGCAAAAACAUGACUCCAGAAAAGCUAUUAUGUUCACUGUUAUAACCUAUUGUUUGUUGUAAUUUGUAUUUGUGUAUAUGUUUUAUAAUGUGUGUACAGUAGAGCAUGUAUGUAAUUUAUAAAUAAAUUCAUAUAAAUGUA